AAGAGGAAGAGGAGGAGGGAUCAUGCCGAAGACAGCCAAGAAAGGAGGAGGAAAAGGUGGAGGAAAGACGGAGGAGGAGAGGCUGAUGUUCCUGCAGCAGAGAGCUCAGGCUGAGGAGGAGACGGCCAGGAAGAAGGAGGAGAUCCUCACUCUGUUUCUGGAGGACAAGCUGCAGAAGGAGGAGAGGAACACCGCCGUGAACCUGCUGAAGCUGAACGACGGGUGGAGGUCCAUCCUCCGUCAGACCCGAGCCGGAGAGCUGCGUGGAGCCGUGGAGGUUCUCCUCCAGACGUUUGAGAGGCAGCUGGACGGCCUGGACAGCGUCGUCAAGACUCUGGACGCCGACCUGCAGGAGGCGGAGCGUCAGAGUGCCCAGGUGAGGCGCAUCCACCUGCAGCAGGUGGAGCGUCUGUGGGCUGGGCAGCUCAAACGGAUGGCGUUGGUGCAGCAGCGGUGGGAGGGCGGCCUGCAGCACCUGAUCUCCGGGUUCAGCUUCGACAGGAAGCAGUCGUUGUCUCACUGUGUGCAGCAGCGAGCUGAUCUGGAGGACGCAACGUUCACGGUGGAGCAGCGGCAACGAGCGGUGAUGACGGAGAUCCACAGAAUGUACAGUGAAGGCAUCGCAGCGUACCAGAGCUCCCAUGAAGAACGGAAAGCGGCUCUGAUCCAGAAGGACGGGAGCAAGCUGGACGACGUCGUCGUCCUGAACCAGAACGCCGCGGAGGCCUACAGCGUCGAGGCCUAUCAGCUGACCGACCUGCUGUUGGAAACGCAGCACCUGAUCCGCAUGACGGACCGAGACGUGAAGCACGCCAGGAAGAUGCAGGACACCGUCAUCUUCCUGAGGGAGGAGCUGAAUGCCCAUAUCACAGAUAACCAGUCGGCUGAACAGGAUCUGACGGAUGCCAGGAAACAGGUGGACAGGAGGACUAGAGCGAUCCGGGGCCAGCUGAUCCAGGAUCACGCGGCGGCGAGGACGCUUCUGACUGAGCUCACCAUCCAGAGCGACAACGCAGCCAAGAAACUGAAGGCCGUCAUCGCCAAGGGUCAGAAGGUUUUAAGAGCCGCUGAGAUGUGUCGCAAGCUGGAAAGUGAGCAGAAGGACGUCUUAUUGAUAUUCCCUCCAGAGGAGCAGAGACAGGAGACAACUGGACCUGAGACAGAGGGACAAGACAAGGAGAUGUCGGCGUUGCAGCAGUUGACGAGGAGGAUCAACACGUCCGUCCUUCAGCGAGAAGCUCUGAGGAGACGGAGAGACGAUCUGAACCGAGACAACCGGCAGCUGAGGCUCCUGCUGCGUCAGCACCUGGACGCCAUGACGGUCAGCGACCAGGACCUCGGCGGAUGCCACGCUCUGCUCACCGUGCAGCGGGCCCCGACCACCGCGGCCCCGACCGCCGCGGCCCCGCCCCUUGCAGGCAGACGCCACACCGUCAUCGAGGCCGUCCACGCCGUCAAACACUCACUGUGACGAGAAAACACACCAAUGCUUAAGUUACAAAAACAAUAAAUGAUUUAAUG